CCACCACUGCCCACUGCCUUGUAUUAGGAUAUCGUUUCUUAGUUAAUAUAUAGUUGAUUAAUUUCCAUCUCCAACUACUACUAUUAUUAGAAAAAUAUGGCUCUAACUGGCAAGCUAGAGGUUGAAAUGGAGAUCAAUUCACCUGCGGAUAAAUUCUAUAACAUCUUCAGGAGGCAAGCACACCACAUUCCUAAUAUCUGCUCAGAUAAAGUACACCAAAUUGAUGUACAUGAAGGUGACUGGGAGACUCCAGGCUCCGUCAAGAACUGGGGUUAUACUCUUGGAGGGACUUCUAUGAGCCUUAAAGAGACUGUGGAAUCAGUAGAUGAUGAAAACAAGUCAAUCACUUUCAAGGUUGUGGAUGGAGAGAUCAUGAACCAUUUCAAGUGCUUCAAGUCCAACUUGCAAGUAAAAGCAAAGGAUGAGGGCAGCUUGGUGAAAUGGAGUCUGGAAUAUGAGAAAGUAAAUAAGGAUGUCCCAAAUCCUGAUGCUUACCUGGAGUUCGCAGUUAAUGUUACUAAAGAUAUUGAAAGCCACUACCUCAAGGCAUGACACCAAGGCCAUGUGGUAUCCUCGGUAGUAUUACUUCAAUAACGCUGGUGUUUGUAAUUUGGUUGAGUUGUAUGCUUUACCAGGAGUGGCCUUGUGAUUGGCUGGUUUCUUUUGUAAAGGCAUUAUCAUAUAUGAUGUAAAUACUGUACCUUAAAUAAAAAGAAAAUCAGCAAAGACCCUCCUUUUUAAUGUGGAUAAUUGCUUUUAAUGUCA